AUGGCGGCGGCGGGCGGCAGGAGGGCCAAGGGCCAGCGCGGGGCGGCGGGACGGCGGCGGCCGCGGGCGGCGGUCCCGGGCGUCGAGGGGAGGCCGCGGGCGGCGGCCGGUCGUCCCGUCGACGAGGAGGUGUCCAGCGACUCCGAGCCGGAGAGCCCGGCGUUGGGGCGACGGCGGCGGCGGGAGGCGGCGGCGGCGGCGGAGGAGGAGGUGGAUGAGACGCCGCAGGAGAAGAAGCUGCGCCUGGCCAAGCUGUACCUGGAGCAGCUCCGGCAGCACGAGGAGGAGCGGGCGGCGGCGGAGGAGGAGGAGGACGCCCAGCCGGCGGAUCUCAUCGGCGACCGGCUGAAGGAGGACGUGCUCGAGCAGAAGGGCCGGCUGCAGCGCCCGGUUGCCAAAAAUGUGCAGCCUCCAGACCCGGCCAGCAUCCGCGUGCUGCGGGGGCACCAGCUGCCCGUCACCUGCCUGGUCGUCUCUCCAGACGACAGGUUCAUCUUCUCCGCCUCCAAGGACGGCUCCCUCAUCAAAUGGGAGGUGGAGAGCGGGAAGAGGCUGUGCGUGGUGCCUGGGGGGAAGAAAGGUACCGAGGAGCGGCACAUGGGGCACGCGUCCCACAUCCUCUGCAUGGCCAUCUCGUCGGAUGGCAAGUACCUGGCCACGGGGGACAGGAACAAGCUGAUCAUGAUCUGGGACGCGGUCACCUGCAAGCGCCUGCACAUCUUCACCGGGCACCGCGACGCCGUCUCGGGUCUGUCCUUCCGGAAGGGCACACACGAGCUGUACAGUGCCUCCCAUGACCGCUGUGUCAAGGUCUGGAACGUGGCAGAGAACGCAUACGUGGAGACUCUGUUCGGGCACCAGGAUGUCAUCACGGCGCUGGACUGCCUGAGCCGGGAGUGCUGUGUGACAGCGGGGGGACGGGACGGCACCGUGCGCCUCUGGAAGAUCCCCGAGGAGUCGCAGCUCGUGUUUUACGGGCACCAGGGCUCCAUCGACUGUAUCCAGCUCAUCAACGAGGAGCACAUGGUGUCGGGUGCUGAUGAUGGGUCCAUAGCCCUGUGGGGGCUGACAAAGAAGAAGCCGCUGGCGCUGGCCCAGCAGGCCCAUGGCAUGCAGGACGCCCAGGGCCUCCAGCAGCCUUACUGGAUCUCGGCGGUGGCCGCCCUGCGCAACAGUGACCUCCUGGCAACAGGUUCCCACAGCGCCAGCGUGAAGCUCUGGAAGUGUGGCGAGGGAUUUCGGAAGCUGGAGCCUCUCUGGGACAUCCCCUUGGUGGGUUUUGUCAACAGCCUCAAGUUCUCAGCAGCUGGCGACUUUCUGGUGGCCGGCCUCGGGCAGGAGCACCGGCUCGGCCGGUGGUGGAGAAUCAAAGAAGCCAAAAACAGCAUCUGCAUCAUCCCCUUGAAGCAGAGGGCUGCAGCCUCCAGCCCUGAAGGCCCUGACAGCUCCUAGCCCUCUGGCCCGGAGCCGCCAGAGCUGGGUUAUUAAACCCCUGGCCCUGGAGCUGUGUCCUUCGUGCAGCCGCCCUCCUGGGGCCGGUGGGACGUGAUAUCGUAAUGGGGCCCUGCCCUCUGCGAGGGUUUGCCCCCUUUCCUCAUGUUCAGCCGGACCUGAGCUCUGAAAGGGUCCAUUUUUAAAAAAAAAAAAAAAACAACCAAAACCACUUUAUUUACAUAAAUUACAAAAAAAAAAAAAAAAAAUCACACUAUUGCUCACAGAAAAAAAAAUCUACUCUUAAAAACUUGAUUGGGCUUAAAUACCUGGUCCUGUUACUUGCCCUCAGCCCCUGCCAGACCCACCCUGGGCUCUGCAGGGGCCGGGGGAGCAGCCAGUGUUUGCCCCCUCUCCUGCCCCAUCUCCCACAAAGGGGUGAGCAGCGCUACACCCAGCGCGGGGAGGGAUGGAGGGGGCUUGGGCCCAGCCCGGCAGCAUUCGGCAGCUUUCCUGGCGCCAAAAAUGAGGAGGAAAAGGUAAAACUGCAAAGCGCUGCAGGGAGGGUGACACGGGGAGGGGGGGGUCGGGAAAGGCCCUGCAUUGGGAAAGCAGGGUGGGCGAUGGGUGAGGGCAGGGUGUGGGGGCACAGGGCUCGGCGUGGAGGGAGCGGGAGGUGCAGCGUGGCUCGGUGCAAGCGAAGUGGGUGAGGAGGAGUCAGGUUGUGCACCAGGGCUGGGUGAAGGUGGGGUGUGUGGGGGGGCUGGAUUUUGCCCCAGGGCUCAGUGCAAGGGACAAGGUGGGGGGCUUGCACCACAGUUCGGUGCAGGGACUGGAGGCAUUGCACUACAGCUCAGUGCGAGGGAUGGGGAGGGAGGGGGGACACACAUGCACCAUGGCUCAGUGUUGGGGGGGCAGGAUGUACACCACGGCUCAGUUGAAGGGGGGGGGGGA